GGGGGCAGCAAGAUGGCGGCCGUGCUGGAGGUGGAGGUUGGCGGCCCAGGAGAGCGCGAGGCGGAGGAGGUCGACCUUUCACACCUGUCCCCGGAAGAGAGAUGGAGGGUGGAACACGCACUGAUGCACGCCAAGCACCGUGGCCACGAGGCCAUGCACGCCGAAAUGGUCCUCAUCCUCAUCGCCACGCUGGUGGUGGCGCAGCUCCUGCUGGUUCAGUGGAAGCAGAGGCACCCUCGCUCCUAUAACAUGGUCACCCUCUUCCAGAUGUGGGUGGUGCCUCUGUAUUUCACGAUAAAACUGUACUGGUGGCGGUUCCUGGUCGUCUGGGUGCUCUUCUCAGCAGUCACAGCUUUUGUCACCUUCAGGGCCACUCGGAAACCCCUGGUGCAGACGACACCCAGGCUGGUUUAUAAGUGGUUUCUGCUAAUAUACAAGAUGAGCUACGCCACUGGAAUCGUGGGGUACAUGGCUGUGAUGUUCACCCUGUUUGGUCUGAACUUAUUGUUCAGUUCUACAGCGCUUCAGGGAUGCCCACCAAGCACCUCUCCGACAGCGUCUGCGCCGUCUGCGGCCAGCAGAUCUUCGUGGACGUCAACGAGGAGGGGAUCAUCGAGAACACUUACAGGCUCUCCUGCAACCACGUCUUCCACGAGUUCUGCAUCCGUGGUUGGUGCAUCGUGGGGAAGAAGCAGACGUGUCCAUACUGCAAAGAGAAGGUGGACCUCAAGAGGAUGUUCAGCAACCCCUGGGAGCGACCUCACGUCAUGUACGGGCAGCUGCUGGACUGGCUGCGCUACCUGGUGGCCUGGCAGCCCGUUAUCAUCGGCCUGGUGCAGGGCAUCAACUACAUCCUGGGCCUGGAAUAAGGGCUGGCAGCUCCCCAUCCCCACCACGGGCAACAGCACGGCGCCGGCCGCAUCCGUCCAUCCCCACAAGGGGGGGUUCGGCCACCCCUGGGGGGGGGAGGGAAGGAACGAAGCAGCACGGACUCAGCUCUCCUCCCAUCGGGGGAUCCGGACCGGUUUUUAAACGAAACGAUUCUUUUAAUGAGAGUAUUUAAAAACGACACACACACACACACAAAAAAAGGAAACUUGCUGUGGCCGCCGAUGAGAACGGAUCGUCCCGGCGGCCGCGCAGCGCUGCGCUCGGGGCUGGAUCUCCCAAUCCUGCAGCUUUCGAAGGACUGGGGCUCAUCUCCGGGUUAUUCUGUGCUUGGGAAAAGGCAGAACCCACCGAGGAAAGACACACGGCUGCCCUAAAACGCUUAACCUAAAACCCCCCGCUUUGAGGCGAGGGGGAGGGGGAGGAAGGAGCCGAUUCCGAGCCCGCUGCUUUUUGUACACCGUCUUUUCUACGUGUCCCCGUGCCGGGAUUGUGCUGCCCUCGGCCGGCGGGAUCUGCGGUACACGGAGCCGUGGGGGCACCCACGGGAACCUCCGCACAUCGGUUGCUCUUUAGCAGCGGAUGGAAGGGACGGAGGCGUGGGGCUGAGGAGCUCUGCUCUGCUUCCCCCGGUGCGUCGAAGCCCCGGGUUUCGUGGUCGGCGACGUGGUGGCGUUCCGGUGACUCUGAGCCGCGUGGCCGAGUCACACGGAUGCCGUGAUGGCCCACCUGCCCCCCAUCGUUCCCAUUUGAGGGGCGAAACCGAUGGGAUGGCGGCUGCGGUGCCAUCAGAAAAUCAAUCGGUAAUAAAACGUCUUCGAAAAGCA